UUGGGUGCGCUGCUCUACCUCGACCGCGAGUUACUCCGUAUUGAGAGUGUAUAACCGGUGAUCGUAGAUUAUUUUAACUCAUCUAGUGCGCGUUUAGUACAUUAAUUAUAGUAUAAAUAAAAUACAAUAUAUACCUACAGUUGUACACUUCAAUAUGUGUUGUGGGUUAGGCCAAAUGUGAAUCUUGGAGUUUGGGAUAUUUGUCAUAGGAAUAAUGGUGCGAUUCUCACCAACGGACAUUGGGUGAAUGGUGUUUAGUGAUGAAAGGACACUUUAAAGUGUGAUACAGUGUGCUCAGACAAAUUGAUAUUGAAACCUCUACUAUGGCGCUCCGCCACGUUCUAUCGACAGUUAUAUUUGUGACCUGCGUCAUCUGCUAUUAUAACAGUUGUCAGUGUGGUUUUGUGUUUGAUGAUAUCAGUGCGAUCAAGGAAAACCGAGACUUGAGACCUCACACGCCUCUGAAAAAUGUCUUCCUCAACGAUUUUUGGGGAACACCAAUGCAUAAGGAACAGAGCCACAAGUCUUACCGGCCUCUGUGUGUGUUGACGUUUCGAUGGAACUACUUUCUUCACCAACUAGAACCCAUGGGAUACCACCUGGUCAACGUCAUACUGCACGCCAUCGUCUGUCUAAUAUACUUCAGAAUGUGCACCAUGUUUCUGCCAGAAAUAUCGAGUUUUGUGUCUGCCAUGUUGUUCGCCGUACAUCCCAUACAUACUGAGGCGGUGACAGGAGUCGUUGGAAGGGCGGAGACUCUUUCUUCUGUGUUUUUCUUGGUUGCGUUUAUCCUAUAUGCGAAGUCAACAAAGAGGAAACGAUCUACAGGAUGGAGAUGGCUGGGUUGUUCUAUGGUGGCUGUCACGACCGCAAUGUUGUGCAAAGAACAAGGCAUUACCAUUACUGGCAUCUGUGUCGUCUAUGAGCUGUUUGUGGCUCAGAAGGUGCGGCUGGUGGAUGUGACACAGUUCCUGUGUUGUGUGCUCAGUGGCAAAGUGUCGUGGCAACACACAUGGUCAUCAGAUGCUGCCAAGAGACUGUGUGUGUUGGUGCUUUCAACUGUUGCCUUGCUGCUUGUCAGACUUCAGAUCAUGGGAUCCAAACUUCCUGUCUUUACAAGGUUCGACAACCCUGCGUCAGUGGCACCAUCGCCGUCUCGUCAGCUCACCUACAACUACUUGGUCAGCAUGAACCUGUGGCUCCUGUUGUUCCCUUGUGACUUGUGCUGUGACUGGACGAUGGGAACGGUUCCUCUUGUGGAGUCGUUCGUUGAUCGUCGCAAUCUCGCCACUCUCACGUCAUAUCUGCUGAUUGCUACCCUGGUUUAUGUCGCUCUCACAACGUCCAAUCGACAGCAGGCCACUGUCAUCGCAAUGAGCCUGGCUUUCCUGGGAUUGCCGUUUCUUCCAGCGUCAAACCUCUUUUUCCCAGUCGGCUUCGUUGUGGCCGAGAGAGUGUUGUACAUGCCGUCAAUGGGAUUCUGCAUGCUCGUAGCUUACGGCUGGCAGGCGCUCGCGGAAAAGAGGAACAGGAAGCUGGCGUGGACGGGUUUGUUCCUGCUUCUGCUCGCCCACGGGACCAAAACCAUCGUCCGCAACUGGGAUUGGACGUCAGAGUACAGCAUAUUCAUGGCGGGGCUAAGAGUGAACCAGCACAACGCCAAACUGUUCAACAACGUGGGCCACGCUCUGGAGGGACAAGGACGCUUUACAGAGGCUUUGCAGUACUUCCACAAAGCUGUCAGUGUUCAACAAGACGAUAUCGGCGCUCACAUCAAUGUUGGAAGAACUUACAACCAUCUCAAGAUGUUCAAAGAAGCUGAGGAUGCCUACCUGAAGGCCAAAUCGCUGUUGCCCAAAGCCAAGCCAGGCGAGUCCUACCAAGCCCGCAUCGCCCCAAACCAUCUCAACGUGUUUUUGAACCUCGCCAACCUGAUUGCCAAGAACGAGACGAGGCUAGAGGAGGCCGACUUGCUGUACAGACAAGCCAUCAGUAUGAGAGCGGACUACACCCAGGCCUACAUCAACCGUGGAGAUGUUCUGCUCAAGCUGAACCGCACCAAGGAGGCACAACAGGUGUACGAGCGGGCGCUUUUCUAUGACAGCAACAACCCUGACAUAUACUAUAACUUGGGAGUGGUGUUCCUGGAGCAAGGUAAAGCCUCACAAGCGUUGGCCUAUCUUGAUAAAGCUCUGGAGUUUGAUCCCGAGCAUGAACAGGCGCUUCUCAACUCAGCCAUAUUGCUGCAGGAGCUCGGCCGAGCUGAGCUGCGGAAAGUAGCUCGCGAGCGACUUCUCAAACUGCUUCACAAGGACACCAACAACGAGAGGGUUCACUUCAACCUGGGCAUGCUCGCCAUGGACGACCGCGACACCGCCGGGGCCGAGCAUUGGUUCCGUCGAGCCGUGGAACUCAAGGACGACUUUCGCUCGGCUCUGUUCAACCUGGCGCUGCUAUUGGCUGACGACCACAGACCCCUGGAGGCGGCCCCCUUCCUCAACCAGCUGGUGCGCUUCCACCCGGACCACGUCAAGGGGCUCAUCCUGCUCGGCGACAUCUACAUCAACAACAUCAAGGAUCUGGACGCUGCAGAGAAUUGCUACAAACGCAUCCUGGAGUUGGAGCCCGACAACAUCCAAGGCCUCCACAAUCUCUGCGUCGUCUACGUAGAGAGAGGCAACCUGCUGAAGGCGGAGACUUGCCUGAAGCAGGCUCAUCGUCUGGCUCCGUCCGAAGACUACGUACUCCGCCAUCUCAAAAUCGUACAAAGCAGAGUGGCCAAACUGAGAGUGGACGAGCAUUCUGUACAAGGACAGGAGCCUCUAGAGGAGCCAGACCACAGACCACCGCCUCCAGCUGAUCCCCCUGCUCCGGAGACUGUCUACUCCAGAGGCCCAGGAGUCCCUCCACCAACCCCCUCUCUGUCUUAGCGGUUAACUAUGUUCCCCCUCCCCCACCCGACUCUGUAAUCACUCACCCAAUACAAAACUAGCAUUUUAUAAAUAAAAUAAAAACAAUUAUCGAUUUUUGGAACAUAAGUGCAUAAGUAAGACGGUGCUGCGUUCUUUUUAGUUAACCCCUCCAGAAUUGUUUUUUACAUUAAUCCUUUUUUUAAAGACUUUGCAUUAUUACUAAGACGGUGCUGCUUAUAAUUUUAGCGAAUUGGCUAUUUUUUGUAAAAUAUUUAAUUGUUAACAUAAAUCGCGUUUUUAUUUAAAACUACAGUUCACAAAAGAGACAUAGCUAAACCAUAUGUUUUUACAGACAGUAAAAUAUUAGCGAUAAUAACUCUUGGAGAAAAAUGAAGGAUUUAAGUUAUUAGGAUAAAGGAUUUAAGUAAUUGGUUUAUUUAUGACAAAUUUAAAAUACUCUCCAGAAAAUUAAAAUUGUACAAAAAAGUAUAGUGCAGGUCAACAUUUUGUAAAAAACAUGAUUUCUAAAUGUGAUUGCCAUUGACCCAAAAUACAUAAUUUUAAUUUUAAUAACCCUUAAAGAUAAAAAUAUAGUAUCCUUCCUUGUUUGUAUUUUAAAUUUUCCAAAAAGUUAUCAAUUGAAUCUAAUCAGUUAAUUUACCGAGAGGACAGAACAUUAGAGUUUACGUUACAAUUAUUAAAUUCUUGGGAAAUUUUACAAAUUAAUAAAUCAUACCACUUCAUUGCAAUCAUUUACUUAAUUUAUUUAUCAAUAAUUUUAAUUUUCUUCCCGUUACAUUUAUAUAUUUUUUUGAUCUGGAACAAACUUUAUAAUCACUAGAUUCAUUCUUUGAAGUACUAAACAGUUUACAUAAGACAUAAACUUGUGCCUUCCAAUGUUACUUAAUUUUUUUCACAUUCUUUCUUGAGCUUUUACGGUUUUUAUAAAAGUACUUCUAUUUAACUAUUGGGUGAGUGGUUUUCUAGACUGUUUCUAUUGUUGUAUAUUGUGAAUAUAGUGUGAUUCAUGUUUUGGUACGGUGAUUGCUGUUGUCUCUGUGUUUCCUUAAAUUUAGUUUAUAAAUUAAUUAGUUGUAGAAAAAGCUAAGUCAUUGUAUUUUUCUAUGGAUUUUUAACGUCUAAAAAUAAUUUUUAUGUUUUAUUUUUAUAUUUUUAAAAUAAAAGUAUUGACGAUUACUCUGUGAUAAGCACUUUAUUUUAUCAGUUAAUUUAUUUUUACUACUUAUUAUAUUUACAUUUAAUUCUGUACUAAGCUAAAAUGCAUUUAUAAAUUUUCAGUUGUAAUAUCGAAACAAAUUUGAUGUACAAAUUUAUUAGCAAAUCAUUACACUUACAACUUUGCAAAUUGCUGAAACCGUGAAAGACUUAAGUAACCUAAGUAAGUAUUUGAACAAGUAUACCUAAAAUCGAAAUAUGACAGCAGAAAUAAGUAGUUAGGGAUUUGUAGUUCAUUUAAUUUUAAAAUAUAAAAAUCAAUUGGACAAGUAGUGUUUGAAAAUCAAGACAAUAACAUUCAUUUGCUGGAGGAAAUAUCAACAUUAUAAUUUUACGUAACAGUUCCAGAACUAUAGGACUUUAAAUUUGAAGAAGACUUUUACAAUUAAUAAAUUCCUCCAAUGUUAUUUUACUUUGUAUGAUAAAAUCUCGACUAUUCCUUCCCGCUCAAACUUUAAAGAAGUACAAAUACGCAAUGGUUAUAUUUGCUGGCAAAAAUCUUUUUUUUGUACAACAUACAUUGUGUUUUUGAUAUUUUUUCCAGUUAAGUAACAUUUGUAUUUUAUUGCAAUUACACUAGUUUGAAAACUGUUGUGUAACCAUUUUACCCGAAUCGGUUCGUAUGAAGUGUAAAGAUACUGGUGCCUUGUACAUUCCAUUUCUAACAGACAAGAUUUAUAUGUACGCAAACACUCGAAGAUAUUUUUCUAUGUUGUUGUAUAUAAAUGUUAGGUAGAACUAUGUGUAUAGCAGUAGGUGGCAUAGUGUUUUAUAAGUAUGAAUGUCGUUCCCCGGCAUAGAUGUUUUGUUGUAGUUAGAACUGUAUUCAGUAAAUAUUUUUAACAGAGAAAGUAUUGACGUUUGAACAAAGAGAAGAUGUUUAAGGUUGGUUGGAAGAAUUUUAUAUUUAUAAAAAUAUAUAGCUCUAAUUAGUAUGCUUACAAGAGGCUUUUAAAAGUUUAUUUUAUGUAUCUAAAAUGUAUUGAAAAUGGCGAUGAAUAUACAGUUUUAAGUUUAAAUUUUGAAACACCAUUAUGAUGUUUAAACUAUUUAAACUCACAAAUCAGUAUUAUUUUGUCAUCAAUAUAUUUUUAGUCAACUGUUUGGACAGUUUAUUAUCAAUAAUGUAAUCAACAACAAUCAUUUUGUAACUAUCAAUUUGUUUAUCUUUGUUGUUUUAUUAGAGUUUUACUAACUGUUUGACUUUAUCUUCAUUACACACUAAAUAAACAAUUUAUUGCAGACAGAACUGACAUAACUUAAAACUUCUUUAUGAUAAACAUAAAAGCUUACAGUCAGCUGUGACAAUCCUUCCAUUGAAGACAAUGUUAGAACUGUUUAUUGUACAGAAAAUAAAAUGUCGUACUUUAC